AGGAUGACAAUGGAUUUCGUCGCAGAACGCCUUGGCCACGCAAACUUUGCAGAUUUACAAGAAAUAGAUCUUCCUCAUUGUGAUUUGCGCACUAUUGAUGUCGGGAAUGGUGAGGUGUUUAGAAACUUAAGGAGGUUGGUGAAAUUAGUUCAAAACUAGUUGUGUUUUUUUAUUUUUUUAUUUAAAACACUUUGCCAUUUCGAUACGGUUACAAAUACUUCGUGAUUAUUUUGUAUUUAGUAUUAAUUUGGAGCAUAAUAACUUGACAUCGUUCGGUGGACUUAUUCACUUGGUCAACCUCAAGGUACAUGCAUUUCUUUACCUAUUUAGCCAAAAAUUCGCCGAGACAAAAUCCAUUACCAACUUUUCCAUAGAGACAGACUAUAAUUGACAAAUUAUAUUUGACUGACAUUAUUCGCUAUAACGGUCAAGUAACCGUUGACAAUAGCUUGGAAAAUUGUGUUGUGCUGUGUUGUGAUCUCUAUCGUUCGGGUUCUUUGUCAUCAAAUAAAGCUUUUAUACUUAUAAUAAAAAUAAUUCGUAUUAAUUUAUCUCUCUGCAUUAAUGCUCACGAUUGAUUAUAAAUAGAUAUCAAGAUCUCAUUGAAAAACUUUGUCUGAAACUUGGCUAUUUUUUGUGCAUUUCUGGCUUAGGUACUUUGUUUGAACUACAACAAGAUUGAAUGUGUGUUUCCGAAAAGGAAGACAACAUCUCCAAACAGUAAGAAGGGGCCACCUGUGGCUCACUCGUCUGAUGACGUCACAUCUCCACAGAGUUUCACUCCUGUGUUGGAGAAACUGGAAGUACUUCAUCUUGGGUAAGGGACUGGAUUCAGAUAUUUCCUACAAAUUUUCUUUCAAUAGAAUUUGUCUGUAUAUGCUUUUAUUUGUUACAUUUGUAUUAUGAAAAAAAUGUGAAAUAUCUAUAAAUAUAUUUAAUAUUGUUUUAAUUCACAGAUACAAUGGUAUUUCCAACUUAAAGGCUUUACAGCUUUCAAGAAUUCCGAAUAUAAAAGGACUAUUUCUUCAAGGUAGACGCAAUACUAUUUUUUGUGUUCAUACCAUUAGUGAUUGUAAUGAUUCGUCAAUUGAGAUAGCUUGACCAAUUUUUUACUUUUACAAGGUAACGAAAUUUCGAAAGUUGAGGGCAUUCAAGGUUUGCAAGAACUCCGAGAAUUGGUCCUUGAUCAGAAUAAGAUUAAAGUGAGUAUAUGCCACGAACUUUAUGUAACUAAACUAAACUUUAUUUAUGCUGGAUAACUCUAUCAGUUCUAAACUGUUGACUCUAGAGGCCCAGUAAUAUAAGGUUAAUCUAUUGAUCCAGUGUCACUAUAGAGGAGGAAACCUAAACUAAACUAACUAACUUUAUACUGGAUAUAGCUCUAUCAGUUCUAAACUGUUCUGUUACCGGAGGAAACCUACUCUAAACGAUGAAAUUGCCGUAUUUCUUACUUCGAAUCAUAUAGAUAUUGCCUUUUUCAGCGAAACAUGGUUAAAAGAAUCCGUUCCAGAUGAAGCUAUUAAUAUUACAAAUUACCAAUUAUUCAGGCGUGAUCGUCAACACAAAUCCCAUGGUGGGGUUUGUUUUUAUAUUAACAAUACCAUUUCUUGCAACCGCCUAACGGAGUUAGAUAGUGAUAAUCACGAAGUAUUGCUUUACAGCCAAAACGACUUUCACGAAAUUACUCAAAUAUGAUAAUAGCUGUUGUGUACCACCCUCCAGAUGCCGAUUGUACAAGUAUGCGUGACUAUGUCCAAUCUUCAUUAGAAUAUAUUGAAUCUUCAAUUCCUAACCCUGCAAUCAUUAUUGCUGGUGAUUUCAACAAAUUGGACUUACAGGCUACUGUUAAACCUUUUCAACUAAAACCAGUAAUUGAUUUUCCCACCAGAGGUGCCAAUAUUCUUGACCAAAUUUAUACCAAUCUAUUUGAAUACUAUUCACCUCCUACUAGUGCUCCUCCAUUUGGCUUAUCAGACCAUCUAACAAUUGCCAUGUGUCCUGGAACGAGGAAAAGAUCGCACGAACCACAAUCGUGUAUUGUUAAAACAAGAGACAAGCGACCCAGUAAUAUUAGAAGUCUUGGUCGAUUUCUCCAGGAAAUUCCAUGGGACAUUUUAUCGUCCAUACCCUCAAAUGAUCAAAAACUAUACUUUUUAACUAGCAUUAUAAACUAUGGUUUGAACUUAAUUAUGCCUGAACGUUCAAUAAAAGUCCACCCUAAUGAUCGACCAUGGGUUAAUAGUAGAGCUGUGCGGUUAACCGAAAAAUUCGGUUCUUCCGGUACUUUUUUCAGCACCGAAAAACUAUACGCAAAAAACCGGUAGUUUCGGUUUUAAUUUCCCGUUUAACGCCCACCUGACUGCAGGUUGAAAUGUUUGGAAAAUAACAAAAUUGUGCUCUUUGUGCACAAUAUGCACUGUACUAAGUGCUCAAAUAGUUGAUAUUUUAGUUGUGAUAGUUAUUUUUGUGAACUUGCUUUAAAUUUUUUUAAAAACUAAGAAAUAUUACAUCUUCAUAAAUAAAUUCCAAUUGUUCUUUUAAAAUAUUCAGAGAUUUAUACAAACUUACAAAGGCAUAAAUUCAUCUAUUUAGUAAAAAUGCUUGAAACAUGCAUAAAUUAGUUCAUACAUUUGUACUGUUCUUCUUUUUUGAAAAUAACCGAAACCGAACCGAACCGAGGUUUUUUUGUUCCAAAAAAACCGAAACCGGAACCGAGAUAAAAUUUUUGGAACCGCACAGCUCUAGUUAAUAGCAAUCUGAAAUCACUGAUAAAUCGUCGACAAAAAGCCUUUGCAUCUGGUAAUGUCACUCUUUUUAAAAUGUUACGUAAUAAAGUUAAUCGUGAACGAAAACGUUGUCGUAAGAGCUAUUAUCAAUCUAAAGUUCAUAAUUUACGUAACACUAACCCCCGAGAUUGGUGGCGGGAAGUGAAGCAGUUAUGUGGCACAUCUAAACUAAACAACAAAAGUGUAAAAGACCGCCUCCAUCAAGAUUUAUGGCAGGAGACAGACAUAAACCUCAGUAAUAAAAUUAACAAUGUUUUUAUAAAUGUGAUACAGAACUAUGUUCCAUUAUCUGAAGAUACGGCUGUAAUUGUACACAACGAUGAAACGCCUAUUAUUGUGACCGAGUCAACUAUAGCUAGAAAAUUGCAAGAAAUUAAUACAUUGCGUUCCAGUGGCCCUGACGGUAUUUCCAAUUGGGUUUUAAAAACCUAUUCGGAUAUUCUCGCCUCACCAGUUGCAAAUAUAAUCAAUUCUUCCUUUCAAAGCUGUAAAGUCCCUCAAAUUUGGAAGCUGGCCGAUGUGGUCCCGUUACCAAAAACAUCUACUGUCAAAGACUUGGAAAGGGAAUUACGACCUAUUUCCUUAACUUCCACUCUAUCAAAGAUAGCGGAACGUCUUGUAAUCGAAAGAGAAGUAAAACCAACUCUGUUAAAGGUUGUUGAUCCCCAACAAUUUGGCUUUAUUCCAAAUUCUUCCACUGUACUUGCCUUGAUAUCGAUGCUCCAUUGUUGGUUGAGUGCAACAGAUGGAAGUGGUUCAUCUGUUCGCACUGUAUUUCUUGACUAUAAAAAAGCAUUUGACAUGGUGGAUCACACCACAUUAGUUGCGAAAUUAUUCAGCCUUGGUAUUAAGCCCUGUGUGGUUAACUGGAUUAUUGACUUUUUACGUAAUAGAUGGCAAAGGGUCAAACUAAGUGAUAAUUGUUUCUCAGACUGGCUCCAAGUUCCAGCUGGUGUCCCUCAAGGCACACGACUUGGGCCUUGGCUAUUCUUAGCCAUGAUAAAUGACCUUGUGUUACAUAAUCACCUUUCAGAAAUGUGGAAAUUUGCCGACGAUACUACGGUCUCUGAAAUUGUUGAAAAAACGAACAAAGUACUUUACAAAUGGAUAUCGAUGAUAUUACUACUUGGUCUAUGGACAAUUCCUUUCAACUAAACCCAUUUAAAUGCAAAGAAAUGGUAAUAUCCUUUUCACGAUUACCACCUGUUUUUGAACCUAUACGUAUUGGUUACCGAAAUUUGGAAAGAGUGACAAGUAUCAAAUCGCUUGGAGUUAUAUUAAGAAAUGACCUUAAAUGGAUAGACCAUGUAAAUUCAAUUGUCUCCAAAGCAGCUAAACGUUUAUAUUUGUUGAGGCAACUAAAACGUGCUGAUGUCGCUUCGGCAGAUUUGGUCAAAUUUUUUUGCAGCUGUAUAAAGUCUGUUCUCGAAUAUGCGUGCCAAUUAUUCCAUAGUUCCCUGCCACGAAAUCUUGCAAAAAACAUUGAACGUAUACAGAAGCGAGCAAUGAAAAUAAUAUUCUAUGAAUUGUCUUACGACGAGGCUCUUAACAUCGCUGGUAUUUCCACUCUUGAAAACAGACGGGAGUAUCUAUCCAAUAAUCUCUUCAACGACAUUGUUUUAAAUGAUGAUCAUAAACUUGCCAAACUUUUACCAUCCAAAGCAGGCAAUAGAGAAUUACGAAAAGAAAGAUCUUUUGAAGUUUUACCAGCAAAUACAAAUCGUUUCGGAAACUCUUUUAUCAACUUUUAUGCUAAGAAACAUUACAAAUUAGAUGUUCCUUGAACAUUUUAGAAUUUUUAACUCAUAUAGAUUAGUACAUUUAAGUAUAUGAUAUAUAGUAUAUAUUAACAAUUUUUAAAUUGCAUUGUAAUAUAGAAUUUUUUACCAUUUAUAACCUUGUAACACUUAACGUCAUGUAAUUCAGUCUUCUGACUGCCAGAUGAUGUUUUUAUUAAACAAACUAUUCAUUCAAACAAACUAUUGAUUCAUUCAUUCAUUCAUUAAUUAAACUAGCUUUAUUUAUGCUGGAUAAUUCUAUCUGUCUAAACUGUUCACCUUAGGGGUCCAAUAAGGGUCAUCUCUUAUUGAUCCAGUGUUACUACAGGAAGAAACCUGAACUAAGCUAACUUUAUUGAUAUUGCAUGACUCUAUCACUUCUAAACGGUUUUUCCCUAAAGGUCCAGUAUACAUAAGAUUAACCCUUACUGGUACAAUAUUACUACACGAGGAAACAUAGAUUAGACUUACUUUUAUUAUGUUGGAUGGAUCUAUAAAAUGUAUACAGUAGUAGGGCCACCCCUUAAUUGUACAACAAAUGUUAUUCUCGAAACCUUAGAAAGCUUCAUCUUGUUGUACAUUUUAACAAAAUUAUUAAACAUAGGUUUUACACUUAUAUCUGACCGUUUUUAGACUCUGUCAGAAAUGUCGUUCAUUGGUCAACGUAGACUACAAGAACUUCACAUGGAAGACAAUAGAUUGAGAGAUUUAUCAAAUUUCCAACCAUUGCUCAACCUACAGAGAUUAUAUUUAGGAAUGAAUAAAAUACAGGUAUAAAGUUUCAAUAUCAAUUGUUAAGUCUAUGCAAGGAACAAUCCAGUACAAUGUUUUACUCUGAAAACCUCACUUGAUAGAACAGAAUGUGAAGGGCUUUUUGUUGAAAAUUUUGUUGGAUAUUUAGAUAUUACUGGGAGAAGUUGCAACUACGAUCCCCUACCCUUUUCCCUCAAUGAAUGUGUGUACUUGAUUUUUACUGUAGGAACUCUCAGAAUUACAUAAAUUAGAAAGAAUGACAAACUUAUUUGAAAUUUCUCUCAUCAGCAAUCCGGUAAGAUCUUGUUGUACAGUAUUGUAUUUUUUAAUUUCUUGAAAAUAUCAGUUUUUGUUGUCUAUCCACGAGAUUGUUGUCGGUCGUUGCUAAAGGGGAUAGACAAGAGGGUGGCUUUCAGUGGCUUCAGUAUCGUUAAAACGUUAAAGAAUCAACAUCUAAGCACGUAUUACAUUCUUAAACCUAACCCUAAACCUAACCCCAAUCCUAACAUUAACCCAUAAAGCGAACUCUGAAUUUAAAUUUUGAACUGCCUUAAAAACCUUGCUCUCGUCCAUCUCUUUUAGCCAUUACAUAUUGUUUUGUAUAUAUGCAGUUAAAAUUUCGAUAAUAUAAACCAACCGAUUUCAACAGAUUCUGUAUCUUGUAUUAUUGCCUUUACUUAUCUUGCGUAGAUCACCCGACGUCUUAUGCAUCGUCCUAUUCUGGUGUAUCGUCAACCAAACAUAUUAUGCAUUGAUGGCAUUCCAGUCACCAAUGAUGAGCGAACCAAGGCAGAGGUGUAUUUAAUGGAUCAUCAGGUACAAUACUACAACUUUAUUUUUACUGUAUAAAUCUAUCAGUUCUAAACUGUUUUCUCUAGAGGUUCAAUAAGGAUCAUCUCUAUUUGGUAAUGGUCCAUUGGUACUACAGAUUGAAAUGAAGACUAUAGUCGGCUGAGUUAACAACCUUGUAGUAAGAUGUCAACAAUUGACAACUUGUCCACAAGCUGAAAACAAACAGUGCGAACACAUCCUGAUAGCAAGUUGUUGACAUGCCUGUCAGAUGUUGGGAUCCUAGGUAGCGGCGCUACCGGCAAGUGCCUGCGGCUAACUGUGAUCCUUGCAUGGUCAGAAGAUCUUAUUCAUGCAUAAAGAAGAAAAUUUCAAUUUUUCCGAAUACAUUUUCCAAUAUUUACCGACCAAAUUUAAUAUGAGCCGUACUCGAGACGUAAAUUCAUCAAAUGAUGCCAUCAAAACUUAAAAUUUCUUGUUCUGUGGUCGAAUUUUAUUCAUCAGCCGACAAUCUUGUCCGCUUGAUAUGUGAAAAUUUUCGACCAAUUGGGUUGGAGCAAAUUAGCGGACACUCAAUUUUGACAAUAUGAAACAUAACUCAAAAAAAUAUUCGGUGCGCGAUCCCCAGUCGCAAUUUGCAAGAGCUAACUGCAAUUUUUUUUGGUUGCCUGCAAAAAACUAAACAUACAGGCAUGGUUGUUGAAACAUACCCGCUGAUUUUUAUCGUAUAUUUUAGUUGGCCUCUGUGGUGAAUACAGACGGUGCUGAAUCAAACUUACCAAAUUUACAAACCAAACCACAAGCUCCUCUUAAGGUAAUGUCGUAGCAGUGUUUUUGAACACUGUUUUUACGUUUAAACAGUAAUAUUUGCAUGAUUGGUAUAAGCCAUGAAGUUUAUCCUCUAUAUGGACGAUCGUUUCAGGUGACGACAGUGCAACUAAGUACGUCGAUGGAAAAUGGCUGGAGUAUUGGUCACAAGUUUGGUCAAGUGGAAUAUGUGGAAAGUCUUACUCCUCAGGCGAGAUAUAACGACAGGAAUGAUCCUAGAGGUUUGGAACUUCAUUAUACUGUAUAACGCUUUGGGGCGUCGGUGGUUCGAUGGCUGUGCUGUGCUGUGUUGUACUGUAUUGUGUUGUACUGGGUUGUGUUGUACUCUGCCGUGUUGUGUUUUGUUUUGUUUUGUUCUACUAUGUUGUGUUGUAUUGUACUGUGUUGUUGUAUUUUAUUGUGUUGUGUUGUACUCUGUUGUGUUAUACUCUGCUGUGCUGCAUGUGUUAUGUUGUGUUGUGUUGUGUUGUGUUGUGUUGUGUUGUGUUGUGUUGUGUUGUGUUGUACUGUAUUGUUUCGGUGGCACAGUCGUCAGAGUAAGCGCCUUCACCUCUGAGUUCCUGGGUUUGAUUCUCGCUAUGGACUCGUGUGAAAAGAGUCAGUCAACGCUCUGCCGAAAUUCGUUGGUUUUCUCCGGGUGCUUCGGUUUCCUCCCACAGGGAAAGUUGACAAGGUGGGUUAGGAUAAACACAGUUAAGAAAGUAAUAUCACAAUUGUUGUAAAGAUAAAAUAGUCUAGGCUAAGUAUAUAAUUAGGUAAGCGUAAUACUUGAUGUAAAGCGCAUUUUAUUACAUCCAAUAUAAAUUUGUGCUAAUGAAAACGUUAAUCUCUUAAUCUCUCUCCUUGCCAUUUGCCUUCGGGAGUCUGGGACUGCACGCAGGCUAUUUGCUCGGUAACUGGAAUAUGUUGAAACUCUCAAUUAACUAUUUCGUUUUUUCCUUUGUUUUAGCAAAACUUCGCGCUUCAAACUCCUACCCACCACAAAACAUCCCAUCUUCCUAUGACGUCACACGCCAUGGUCGUCACCAGCCCCCCACGUCCUCCUCCAUCCAUCUCGCCAAGCCUCAAGGACAGCUGCCCAAUGGUGGUUCAUAUGUACUGCGUGGGAAUUCUAAUUCCAACUUUCCUCAACCGCCGAAACCCAAGUAAUGUUGACCAAGGUAAAAGCGUUCUUGUACCCAGGCCCAUUCCGAGGUUGGAACGUAAAGGAAAGAGCCUGGGUACAAGAUUGACUUGGUAUUUUGUUGCGUGUGAUGCGCGCGUGACAGCCACGAAGCCGGAAAGCGAAAAAUGGAGCCGGAAAGCGAGAUUGACAUGGAAAAGUUUUUUAUACCAUCAGCAAUUAUCCCUGGGUGCACUCGUGCUCUCCAAGAGUGUACCUGGGUAUCACCGACUGUCCUACAGUGUCCCAAUGUUGCUCAAAGUGUUCAACAGUGUAUCCACAUAACUACAUCCAUCCUGCCAAACAUGACCGCUUAGCAAAAAAGAGAAAGAUACCACGUUUGAUUAAAGUAUUUCGCCUGAGUCCAACCAAAUAACACCUACAUUUAAUUUUUCACUGUCUGAGUCUCUCCUCCCUAGUGUAAAUAGAUGGAUAUAAGACGAGACUUUUGUGGAUAGAAUGAUAGAUAUUUGUAUAUAAGAAAAAUUGAGGUGGAUAAAUGACUAAAAGCAAUACAAUUGCAUACACACAGUACAAUGUACUACCUGUGAAUAUUAGUAGUGUGUACAUAUCUGUAUUUUAUGUACAUUGUAGUUUUUAUACAUAAAGAUGUUAUUUUUAUAUGAAAUAUUUGUUGCGCCAUUUGCUACACUUUCAAAUAUCGUAACACACACCAAGAUUAUUGGAAAAUUUUUAAAUUAAAUCAACACAAUACAAUACAAUAUACAUUAAAUCAACACACAAGAUUCAAGACUCCCCUUACAGUUACUAUCCUUAGCUAUCAAAGCCAUUGAACACAUUUAUCAUUAUUGAAGUUGAAGCAUUCGUAUACCCGUUUUUAGCUCAUAUUUCUCGCAAUCAAUGGCCACAGUAUUGAGGUCAGUAUAAAAGAACCAUCUCACAUACUUAAAUGUAUAAACUUCUCAUUCAGCAAAGGCUGAUCAAAGUAUUUCACUUUCUUAUUCUUGUUCACUUGCAAUGCAAUUCUUGCAAUGACUAGUAUUAUGACUAUAACCAGCAAGGCCAUGGUGAAGCGAGCACUGAUGCUUUUCGGAUCCCAAUUUUUGGCCAGGCUUGCAGCGAGCGCCCACAGAAUAACCGGCCAGUCAGAGUAGGUGUAGUUGAGGUAUGGUUGAAAUGUGAAAUUCUGUAGGAUGAACCAUAGUAAUGCGAUGACCAGGAGAGCGGCAAGCGCCAGUGCACAGGCCGUCGGCAUUGGUGCAUUUAAGUGGUAGGUUAGCACCAUAGCAAUGUUUAACAGCGAAGCAAUGGUCGCCCAGGCUGCAUUAAGCAUAAUACCUAGAGAGAAAUAAAAUAUGCAUAAAUUUGCAAU